CGAGCCGCCACCGCGGCCGGCGCUGUCCCCUAGCCAGACCCGGCGAGACGAGAACGGCGGGAGGGAAGCGGCGGCGCGCCCGGCCCCGCCCGCCGGCCGGAGCUUCGGACGCAAAUCCGCGCCGAGCCAUGGAGCCUGAGCCAGUGGAAGACUGUGUGCAGAGCACACUUGCUGCCCUUUAUCCGCCCUUCGAGGCAACGGCCCCCACACUGUUGGGCCAGGUGUUCCAGGUGGUGGAAAGGACUUAUCGGGAGGAUGCGCUGAAGUACACACUGGACUUCCUGGUGCCCGCAAAGCAUCUACUUGCCAAGGUCCAGCAGGAAGCCUGUGCCCAGUACAGUGGUUUCCUCUUCUUCCAUGAGGGCUGGCCCCUCUGCUUGCAUGAGCAGGUGGUGGUACAGCUAGCAGCCCUGCCCUGGCAGCUGCUGUGCCCAGGGGACUUCUACCUGCAAGUGGUGCCCUCAGCAGCCCAAGCACCACGCCUGGUACUUAAGUGCUUGGCCCCAGGGGGUGGGCGUGUGCAGGAGCUGCCUGUGCCCAAUGAGGCCUGUGCCUACCUGUUCACACCUGAGUGGCUACAAGGCAUCAAUAAGGACCGGCCAACAGGUCGCCUCAGUACCUGUCUACUCUCCGCACCCUCUGGAAUUCAGCGGCUGCCCUGGGCUGAGCUCAUCUGCCCCCGAUUUGUGCACAAAGAAGGUCUCAUGGUAGGACAUCAGCCAAGCACACUGCCCCCAGAACUGCCCUCUGGACCCCCAGGGCUCCCCAGCCCUCCACUCCCUGAGGAGGCCCUGGGCACCAGGAGCCCUGGGGAUGGGCACAAUGCCCCUGCUGAAGAACCUGAGGGUGAAUAUGUGGAGCUGCUGGAGGUGACACUUCCCAUGAUGGGGAGCCCCAUGGAUGCUGAGGACUCCUCAGGCCUCACCAGGACCCGGACAGUACCCACCCGAAAGGGUGCUGGAGGGAAGGGCAGGCACCGGAGACACCGAGCAUGGAUGCACCAGAAGGGUCUGGGACCUCGGGACCAGGAUGGGGCACGCCCACCCGGUGAGGGGAGCAGCAGCGGAGCUUCCCUGGGAUCUCCCCCAGGAGCUGAGGUCCUCCCGGAGGCAGCAGCCCAGGAGGUAUCUGAGGCCCCAGCAGAGGUGCUGGGAGAAGCCUCUGAAUUGUGCCCCCUGAGGCCUGGGGAGGUUGGAGGAGGAGCAGGCCAGGGAGCUGAAGGACCUCCUGGCACCCCUCGGAAAGGCAAAGGAAAUAGGAGAAAGAAGCGAGCGGCAGGCAGAGGGGCUCUUAGCCGAGUGGGGGACAGUGUUCCUGUUCCGCUGAGCUCUGGGGACAAGGAAGAGACCAGCCAACAAGAAGCCCUCAUCAGUUUGCCCUCACCAAAUGAGCUUCCAGGAGGCGGCCUGGUUAAGGAGGUCCAUGAAGGUUCGGAGAAAUCAGAGUCUGAGCCAAAAGAGGAGCUCAAACCAGCGGACGAGAAAGAGCCUUGGCCCCCAGAAGCAUGUGGACCUAUAGACGAGAAAGCCAGAGAGAGGGAGCAGAAGGGCCUGAGCCUGGUGUGCACAGCAGGACCCACAGGUCCCGAAGGGCUCCCCGCUGAUCCCCCAGCACCAACUCUGGAAGAUGUGCAGGAAGUGCAAGAGGACAGGAUCCCAGAAGAGUCCCCUCUAGUCUCUAUCUCUGAUGACCCUGACAUAGCUUGGGACUUGAUGGCAUCUGGAUUCCUCGUGCUGACUGGAGGGGUCGACCAGAGUGGGCGAGCUCUGCUGACCAUCACUCCACCGUGCCCUCCUGAGGAGCCCCCGCCCUCCAGAGACACGCUGAGCACUGCUCUUCAUUACCUGCACUCACUGCUCAGGCCCGAUUUACAGAUACUGGGGCUGUCCGUCCUGCUGGACCUUCGCAAGGCACCUCCCCUGCCUCCCGCACUCAUUCCCGUCCUGAGUCAACUUCAGGACUUAGGAGACCCCCCCAUCAUUCAGCGGCUGCUCCUUCUCAGUCAUAAUGACUCUCCGACUGAGAUCCACGGAUUUCAGGGUGCUGAGUUGCUGUCAGAGAAUGAUCUGAAAAGAGUGGCCAAGCCAGAGGAGCUGCAGUGGGACUUGGGAGGUCACAGGGAGUCCUCUCCAGGCCACUGGGUAGAGGUACACCAGGAAGUGGCAAGGCUGUGCCGUCUGUGCCGAGGAGUGCUGGGCUCUGUACGGCAAGCCAUUUCGGAACUGGAGGCAGUGACAGAGCCAGAGGGAGAGGAGGCGGUAGGAAUGCCUGAGCCCCUACAAAAGGUGCUGGCAGAUCCCUGGCUGACGGAGCUACAGAAGGAUGGGGGAGCCAUCCUGAUGAGGCUGCGCUCCACCCACAGCAGCAAGCUGGAGGGCCCAGGCCCAGCUACACUGUACCAGGAGGUGGACGAAGCCAUUCAUCAGCUCGUGCGCCUGUCCAACCUGCACGUGCAACAGCAGGAGCAGCGGCAGCGCCUGCGCCGACUCCAGCAGGUGCUGCAGUGGCUGGCAGGUCCAGGGGAAGAGCAGCUGGCCAGCUUCGCGGCACCAGGGGACUGCCUGACUGCCCUGCAGGAGACAGAGCUCCGAUUCCGGGCUUUCAGUGCUGAGGUUCAGGAGCGCCUGGCCCAGGCGCGGGAGGCCCUGGCCCUGGAGGACGAUGCUGCCUCCCAGAAAGUUCUGGAUAUCUUUGAGCAGCGGCUGGAACAAGUUGAGAGUGGCCUCCACCGAGCCCUGCGGCUACAGCGCUUCUUCCAGCAGGCACACGAAUGGGUGGAUGAAGGCUCUGCCAGGCUAGCAGGAGCGGGGCCGGGUCGAGAGGCGGUGUUGGCAGCCCUGGCCCUGCGACGGGCACCGGAGCCCAGUGCUGGCACCUUCCAGGAGAUGCGAGCCCUGGCCCUGGACCUGGGUAGCCCAGCAGCCCUGAGAGAAUGGGGCCGCUGCCGGGCCCGCUGCCAAGAGCUGGAGAAAAGGAUUCAGCAACAGCUGGGAGAGGAGGCCAGUCCACGAGGCCACCGGCGAUGGCGGGCAGACAGUGCUAGCAGUGGAGGGGCCCAGCGGGGUCCCCACAGCCCCUCACCCAGUCUCACCUCCCUGCUGCUCCCCAGCAGCCCUGGGGCACUGGCAGCCCCAUCCCACUGCUCUCUGGCUCCCUGUGGGGAGGACAAUGAGGAGGAGGGCCCUGAACUGUCUCCAGAAACAGAGGGCAGACCACCAAGGACUGUGCUGAUCCGAGGCCUGGAGGUCACCAGUACCGAGGUGGUAGAUAGGACAUGCUCACCCCGGGAACACGUGCUGCUAGGCCGGACCGGGGGGCCAGAUGGGCCCUGGGGAGUAGGCACCCCCCGGAUGGAGCGCAAGCGAAGCAUCAGUGCCCAGCAGCGUCUGGUGUCUGAGUUGAUUGCCUGUGAGCAGGAGUAUGUGGCCACUUUGAGUGAGCCAGUGCCACCUCCUGGGUGUGAGCUGACCCCUGAGCUUCGGGGCACCUGGGCCGCCGCCCUGAGUGUCCGGGAGAGGCUUCGCAGCUUCCAUCGGACACACUUUUUGCGGGAGCUUCAGGGUUGUGCUACCCACCCCCUGAGAAUUGGGGCCUGCUUCCUUCGCCACGGGGACCAGUUCAGCCUUUAUGCUCAGUACGUGAAGCACCGACACAAACUGGAAAAUGCUCUGUCUGCACUGGGCUCCCCAGCCAAGGGCUCUACAGAGUGUGGGCCUCACCUGCCCAGGGCCCUGCAGCAGCCCCUGGAACAUCUGGCUCGGUAUGGGCGGCUCUUGGAGGAGCUCCUAAGGGAAGCUGGGCAUGAACUGAGUUCUGAGCGCCAGGCCCUUGGGGCCGCAGUGCAGCUGCUUCGGGAACAAGAGACCCGUGGUAGAGACCUGCUGGCCGUGGAGGCGGUGCGUGGCUGUGAGACAGAUCUAAAGGAACAAGGACAGCUCCUGCACCGGGAUCCCUUCACUGUCAUCUGUGGCCGAAAGAAGUGCCUUCGCCAUGUCUUUCUCUUCGAGCACCUCCUCCUGUUCAGCAAGCUCAAAGGCUCUGAGGGGGGGUCGGAGAUCUUUGUUUACAAACAGGUCUUUAAGACUGCUGACAUGGGACUAACAGAAAACAUCGGGGACAGUGGGCUCUGCUUUGAGCUGUGGUUUCGGCGGCGGCGGGCACGGGAGGCAUACACUCUGCAAGCAGCUUCACCAGAGAUCAAACUCAAGUGGACAAGUUCUAUUGCCCAGCUGCUAUGGAGACAGGCAGCCCAUAACAAGGAGCUCCGAGUGCAGCAGAUGGUCUCCAUGGGCAUUGGGAAUAAACCUUUCCUGGACAUCAAGGCCCUUGGGGAGCGGACACUGAGUGCCCUGCUUACUGGAAGAGCCGCCCGCACUCGGGCCUCCGUGGCCGUGUCAUCCUUUGAGCAUGCCGGCCCCUCCCUUCCGGGCCUCUCACCGGGAGCCUGCUCCCUGCCUGCCCGCGUCGAGGAGGAGGCCUGGGAUCUGGACGUCAAGCAAAUUUCCCUGGCUUCCCCUCCAGCCCCAGAAACACUUGACUCUUCUGGAGAUGCAUCCCCAGGACCAAGAAACAGCCCCAGCCUGCAACCCCCCAACCCUGGGAGCAGCACUCCCACUUUGGCCACUGGAGGGAUCUUAGGGCUAUCUCGGCAGCAUAGUACAGGAGUGGAUGGAAAGGGGAGAAUGCCAACAGCCUGGUUUGGACUUGGAUUAAAUCAGCAAAUUCAGAAACUCCAGAGAGGAAAAAGAGAGUCAUGCCCGAGCCUUGAGUGACCCCACCACGCCUCUGUGACCUGGACAAAAUCCAGAACUUGGCUACAGCCCCUCCUCUCAGCACAUUUUGGGCUGGGAUGGCAGUGGGACAUAGUGAAGGACUGGAAGAGCUUUGACUUCCUUCCCUCUACUUCCUGGAAAGAGAGGUCAAAGGACCAGCGCAUUUCCCUGCUACCGCUAUCUCUGUAGCUUUUCCGAACUGGGUGCCUUCUUCCUCAGGAACCAGAGUAGCCAUACUUACUUGCCUUCAUACCCUGGAGGCAGGAGUUAUCUGUGGCCUAGUGCUUCCCCAUCCUGGGCCACUGCACACUCCCAGGGCACAGCCCCAUGUCAGGUCUCCCCGGAUAACCGGUAUUUUCCCCUUCUUCCCACCCUGACUCUCCCUAAGAAGACUCAUCUCUGCCAGGUUAACCGUAAUUCCUGGUGACUCCAUUCUGGGGUGUCAUAGGCAACGGAGCUAUGCAAACCAAUAUAUGAGGGUGGGGUGGGGAACUGCAAACUUUAUACAUGUAAUUACUGUUAUUAUAAUACUAUUGUUAUAUUAAAUAUAUUUACUUGCAUUUUGUGUCCAAGGAAGAGCUAGAGCAGUCCUCUGGGUUGAGGUGAUACUACUAACUUGAAUACUUCUCCUCAAUCGUUAACUAGAACACACAAAAUAGGAGGCUACAAGGUACCUUGUAUCCCUUCCUGUCCCAAAGCUGGGUAUGGCCUGGGAGAAUGUGCCUCCUCCAGGGUGGCUCCCAGAGGCUCAGUGUACCCUUUGAAGCUCCUCCUCUCACACUGUCUAGUCACAGUCAAGGUGGAUUCAGCACCGUCCAGCAGAUUUCAGAACAAGAGGUUCUCAGACCACAAUGUGUUAGACUCCCCCAGACCACUAGCUAUAUGCCAAUUCCUGUGCCCCACCCCAGAGUUACUGAAGCCAAAGCGUGG